AUGGCCGUCCCCCAGGCAGUUCGGGCACCCAGAGCAAUUUCUGCAGCUCGUCUUCCUCCUAUAAUACUAACUGCAAUUUUCGCGUACUUAGACUUGAAAGACAUUGCCUCUUGUAUGCGUGUGUGCAGACAUUGGUGGACAGUUCUUGAGUAUGAAGAUAGUUAUGUGUGGAAAGCUUUAGCACGCCGUUUGGUACCAAAUGAGGCAUUUCGGGAAACCUCGUUGCUUUCUCAGACCCCUACUUUUAAACAGAAAUUACGAGCAUUUACAUUCGCUUGGAAUCCGUUGGAUUCGUCUAGAAACAAUUACUUGCAAACAAACGGCUUCACAGUUCACAGAAAUCCAGUAGCUCAAAGCACUGAUGGGAUCAGAGGUAAAAAAGGCGUCAACAGUGGCAUGCACGCUUGGGAGUUCGUCUGGGAAGGUCCUCUAGGAACUGUUGCGUGCAUUGGCGUUGCUACCAAGUAUGCAGCAUUACACUGCGAGGGAUAUAUACCGUUGCUGGGUAGCGAUGAUCAGAGUUGGGGUUGGAAUUUGGUGGAUAAUGUCCUCUUUCAUAACAAUGAACAAAUCAGCACUUAUCCGCAUGUCAAUAAUCCUCCAAAAUACCAGGUUGGAGAAAGAAUUCGUAUGGUGUUAGACUGCGACCAACAUAUACUUUAUUUUGAGAAAGGUUCAGAAUUCUUAGGCAAUGCUUUUUACCACUUACCGCCAGUUAAACUUUUUCCUGCAAUAUGCGGGGUGUAUGGAAAUACGGAAGUUACAAUGGUCUACGUCGGUCCGCCAUUGUUAGGUUGA